AUGGGUGAGACAGUCUCAGCCGAACAACUACUACUGCCACCAUCACCACCACUACUGCCCUCAUUCCACUGCACAAUCGACAGAGGUCGCCGUCCCGAGUACUGCGUACAGGACACAGAGCACAGAAUAGGUAUCAGCGGCCACUACAUGCCCCGUGAAAUACAAACAAAAAGAAUCACGUAUAUUUUAACAUUCUCUGCACUUGGAUACUUCCUCGGAGAGCCCGCCUUCUCAAUUCUCCAGUAUUACCAAUUCCCUGCCCGCUAUCCAUCUCGAGUGCUUCGUGUGGACCUCCCUCCGUCGACAAGCGACAGCUCGGUGGAUGCAGGCAAUAAAGUCACAUCCCCCUUGCCCCUUCUCCGCCCAACUCAUCGUCGAUGGACGCGUCCUACACAGAAACCUCUCCGCCUGAUCUAUGUCUGGCAGACAAGACCUGACCCGUCCCAUUCCAUUGAUGGGAAAUGCGCACCAGUCUUAUUGAGUCUCUGGGCUAGGCCUCGGCCUCCGUUCCGCGUGAACGACGUGUCCCGUGGCAUCAUCCAUCAGGCGGACAGCGCUGCAUCCGUCUCUGAAGCACGUCUCGCUUUCUGUCUCAGGCCAAUUGGGUGGGGGGAAGGAAGGCCUAAGAUAUCUCAAUCUCAGCUGAUUCAUCUGGAGUUGAAUCGACUCUACGUCGACUUUCUUGGGAUGGCGGAGACCGUGGGUACUCAGUAG